CUGAGCGGCCGCCGCCCGCCAUGCCACGGGGCGGCGCGGGGCUCGACGCGACGCGGCCGCCCCCCGUCCCCUCGCCGCGUCCUCCUCCAUGAGCGCCUCGGCGGCGGCCCCCGUCAGGCUGAUGCCCGGCGGGCAGCCGGAGCAGGCGGCCGCCGCCGCGCCGCCCGCCGCACUCCUCUGCGCCCCCGCCGCGGGCCCGGCGCCCUCCGCCGCCGCCCCGCCGCCGCCGCGCCCCGUGGGGACUCUGGUGGCGCGGGUGGCCGUCCCCGGGGCCCCGCGGCCGGUGGCGCCCAAGGGGCCGCCCGCCGCCACCCUCCAGUUACCGGCCAACUUCCAGCUGCCCCCGGGAACUGUUCUUAUCAGAAGCAGUAAUGGUCAACUAAUGCUAGUAUCUCAACAAGCAAUAGCACAAACACAGAACCAGCCACAAAAUAACACAAGCGUGAGACCAUCUGUACCAACCAGCACACCUGCAAUCAGAAUAUGUGCUGUACCGAACUCUAGCACCCAGUUACUAAAGAAAGUAGCAGCUACUCCUCAGACAACAAAUGCUGUGGCUUCCACUGUUCAGCCACCUGCUGUAAUACAGCCAGCAGCUGCAACAGCUAGUGUUACUACAGUUACUGCUGUAAAGCCUUCGAGUACUGGAACACCUGUAAAACUUCCAGUUACAGGACCACCUGCACAAGCUAACUCCCAAAAGGCAGUCUCUGUGAAAGCAGAGGGCACAACAGUAGCACAGACCAGCGCUUCUGCAGAGAUGCUAGAGAAUGUGAAGAAAUGCAGAAAUUUUCUUGCUACGCUAAUAAAACUGGCAUGUAGUGGACCUCAAGCCCAUGAGAUGGGGCAGAAUGUGAAGAAUCUGGUGCAAAAUCUGUUGGAAGCAAAAAUUGAACCAGAAGAAUUUACAAAAAAGCUAUACAUAGAGCUCAAGUCGUCUCCACAACCGUAUUUAGUUCCUUUUCUCAAGAAAAGCAUGCUUGCCUUACGGCAGCUAAUGCCCAACGCUCAGAGCUUUAUCCAGCAGUGUAUGCAGCAGCCAACUCCAACCCAAGAAGCUGUUUUGACUGGUACCUCUGCAGCACCAGCUCCGUUGAUAGCAGCGGCACCCUCAACAGUAGCCACGACUUCUCUUCCAGUUACAAAACCAGUGUCUGCCUCUGUAGCAGUCACAGCCUCUCCAGUUAUAAAACCAGUCAUUGCCAGCAUGUUGGCGACAGCUUCUCUGCAGACCAUGAAGCCUGUUCCUUCUGCAGUGGUGACAGCACCUCUUCGGCCUGCAGCUUCAGUCCUCACCACAACAAUAGCAACACCAGGGCUGACUGCUGUCCAAACUGUCAAGCCAGUCUUCACCUCUGCAGUAGCAACAUCAUCUCUUCAGUCCACAAAACCAGUGCAGGUCCCUAUGGCGGCAUCUUCAGUAACAACCCCUCUCCAGCCUCUGAAACCAGUCGUUGGAACCUCAGUCAGUAUUAAAAUCUCACAGCCGAACUCCGUCAUUGCGCAGUCAGUGGGUGCUCAGCAGGUGGUUAAAGUGAAACAGUUGGUAGUUCAACAACCAUCGGGAACCAUCGUAAAGCAAAUAUCCACACUCCCGCAACCCUCAACACUGACCCUACAGGCAUCUGCUGAGGAAAGGAUGCCGCUGAAUACACUUGUUCAAACUAACCAGUUUCCUGCAGGUUCCAUUCUGAAAAAAAUUACCCUGCCAGGAAAUAAAAUUCUGUCACUUCAAGCCUCUCCUGUUCCGAAAGCUAAAAUAAAAGAGAAUGGAGCAACAUCCUUCAGUAGAGAUGAAGAUGACAUAAAUGAUGUGACUUCUAUGGCUGGGGUCAGUCUUAACGAGGAGAACGCGUGCAUUUUGGCAACAAACUCUGAGCUUAUUGGAACAGUGAUCCGCUCUUGUGCAGAUGAACCUUUUCUCUCCUCGGAAGUGCUUCAGAAGAAGAUCUUGAACAUAGGUAAAAGGCAUGACAUUAUGGAACUUAACUCUGAUGUUGUGAACUUGAUCUCCCACGCUACACAGGAGAGACUACGAGGGCUCCUAGAAAAACUAACUGUAAUUGCUCAGCACAGAGUAUCAACCCAUAAGGAGAGUGACAGAUAUAUUGUAUCUAGUGACACUAGAGCACAGCUGAGAUUUCUUGAAAAGCUUGAUCACCUAGAAAAGCAGAGAAAGAUUGAAGAGGAACGUGAAAUGUUGCUUCGAGCAGCCAAGAGCCGUUCCAAUAAAGAAGAUCCAGAGCAACUGCGGUUAAAGCAGAAAGCGAAAGAGAUGCAACAGUUGGAGUUAGCACAAAUGCAACAGAGAGAGGCCAACCUCACAGCUUUGGCAGCCAUUGGACCAAGGAAGAAAAGACCAUUGGAUUCAUCCAACGUUGGAUCUGGGUUGGAGGGUUUGAAUGGCAGUGGAAUUGCUCCUGGAUCAUCAGCUUUUAGCCUUACAAAACAGCUGCUCUGUCCAAGAAUAACACGCGUCUGUCUCAGGGACUUGAUUUUCUGCAUGGAACAAGAGAGAGAGAUGAAGCAUUCUCUAACCUUGUACCGUGCUCUUCUGAAGUGAUUUGAAUUUUACAUUUCACCUUGCUGUCUACUGCCAAAGAAAACACUGAAGCAUUGUUGCACUGUCUUGAAAUUCCAAUUUCUGGAAACUGAUCCGUUGUAAGGAUAACUCUUGUUUACAGAUAAACGUUUUUAUUAAAUACCUAACUUAGCACCUGUAGGGUUUUUAAUAAUAUUUGGCUUAAACCAGUCUGUAAACCAGUGAAAACACUCAGCUGCCACACACAAGCACCUGACUACCUGCUUGCAUUUGACUGUCUUGCAAGACAUGAUACAUGUCCCUAGUUUAUGUACGUCGCUUGCUUCAGUACUCCAGAGUCUGCAACAUCUGUUCUAUGUGUAGUGCCUUCUUCUAAUCCAACCUCAUUUAGGGAAACAAACAACACUUUAAAGGCACUGCAUAGCAUGGCAACUGUAUUUAAUCAUGAACCAGCAGUCAGUCAACAUGCUAAUGUAUUGCCUACCUGACUCAGCAUCCCCUUAAGUUUUCUGGUUUUAGAAUUGCUACUGGAUGCUCGUUUGUGGAGAGCAAAGUAGCAAGCAAAAGGAAUUGAGGGCUGCUUUCUUCUCCCCAACCCCCCUCCCUCCUACCCCCAACCUAGCUUCAACCGCCCUCCCCCUUUUCUCUGAGAAAGUCACUGAGGGAAAGUGAACAAAUUGGUCAUCGUUCUUGUGACUGAAGUACAUCCGACAGUGUAGUUAGGGCAUACUUCAAUGUCUGGGGAAAAUUUGGAGUUACUAAACUUGAAUACAAAGAGUGAAAGAGCCUAAAAAGGAAGUGUAAACAGUUUAUGUAGAUAUAAAAAAUAGCAUUGAACUUGAGUAUAGAUGUAGAAAGAAAUGAACAAAAGCAACCUGUGCUGACUGCAAAAAAGAAAGCUUGAGAUGCACUGAAACUUAGCAGCUGGAGACUCUUUAAGGAGAAGAGCAGUGUUUGCAAAGCACAGGAUUCACUACUUUAUUUAAAAUAUUGAUUUAAUACCUUAAUGUGGUAUAACAGGGGAAACUUCCCAAAUAGAAUGUAUUUAGACAGUUGCCUGGUUUCCAUUCAGUAAGGAGGAGAACUGGAUUAUUAAGACAGCUAGAAUAGAUUCAAAGAUUUUCUACUUGCUGGUAAAGACUGCCUUGUGGUGGAAGGAAAACCCUCUGGGUUCACCUUCCUCCCCAGCCUCCAAACAUUUUGCCUUCCAUGACACAGUGCUGUAUAGCAUGGCUGUUUUCUAGGACUGGUGGGAAAGGUACUGACAGUAUUGAAUGGCUUCCUGCUGGAACUUUUUUCUUUUAAGGAACAAGCUUCCUAUGAUUAUUUGCAAUGCUACUUCAAAACUUGAAGUGAUGAUUCAAACGCCCUCCACCAUCCUGCAGAUAAUUAUCCAAUUCAGUAAGUUUUGAAUCGGUUAUGGGUUUUUUUUUGUUGGUACAGUAGUAAACAAAUCUAGUAAAUGAAUGCUGUAAAUUAUUUAUAUAUGUAUAUAUAGCAUAUAUAUAUAAAAAAGAAAAGCAGUACUUUGACUAAGCUAUAGUUUGCAAGAUAUUGAUGGCAUCAGGCAAAAUUGUUUUGUAUAAUUAAAUGCUUAGCUUUACUUUUUACGUAAAGUGCAGCAUUUUCCAUAUUUGUGUACUGUAUC